AUGUCACAAACAAUAAAAUUACCGAAAGUAAUCUUUGGGGCAAGUGCGCUAGGAAAUCUAUAUGUGGCACUGGAAGAUAAAAUUAAACUUGAAAUCGUGAAAGCAUUUGUGGAACAUAGUUCAGUACAAAAACCGAUCGUAUUUGACUGUGCUGGGAAAUAUGGAGCUGGAUUAGCUUUAGAAACAUUGGGUAGUUGCCUGAAAACUUUAAAUGUUAAGCCAGAGGAUGUGCUGAUCAGCAAUAAACUUGGCUGGUAUAGAGCAAAUGAACUUCCAAGUGGCGCAGAACCUACAUUUGAACCGGGAGUAUGGCGUAAUUUGAAAUAUGAUGCUGUACAGAAGAUCAGCUACGAAGGUAUACUCAAAUGUUACGAACAAGGCAAUCAACUGUUGAAUGGUUACAAGGCUGAACUUGUAUCCGUACAUGAUCCCGACGAGUAUGUAGCCGGUGCUCAAAAUCAGUUAGAAGAGAAAAAACGCUACAAUGACAUUAUUGAAGCUUACCGUGCGCUUUAUGAACUGAAGAAUCGAAACGAAGUCAAAGCUGUUGGCAUAGGGGCAAAAGAUUGGAGAAUGAUACAACGUAUUGCAAAUGAUGUCAAUUUAGAUUGGAUAAUGAUUGCCAACAGUAUGACUGUACACAGUCAUCCACAGGAACUAGUUACUUUUAUGGAAGAACUUCAACAGCGUGGAACAGUUAUUAUCAACGCAGCUGUGUUCAAUGGUGGCUUUUUAAUUGGCAAAAAUUAUUAUAAUUAUAGAUUAAUGAAUCCUGUGCAAGAUCAACAACUGUUCCAGUGGCGUGCAGAUUUUUUUAAACUGUGUGAUAAAUACAGAAUUAAACCGGCUCAAGUAUGCACCAUAUUUGGACUCAAUGCACCAGGGGUUAAGAGUAUUGCGUUAAGUACCACGAACGUGAACCGAAUUAAAGAGAAUUUAGAUAUGGUAGCGGCAGGAAAUGCCAUUGUGCCGUCAGUUUUUUGGGAAGAGAUGAAAGAACAUGGAUUGAUUGACAAAAACUACGCUUAUGUGUAA